AACCUAUGUCGGAAAGGCGAAGACCGAAGUUAAAAGGGGGGGGAGAGAGAAAGGCGGGGAUAGAUCAAUUGGGCGCUGUUCUAUGAUUCGCCGGUCCGCUCUUUCCGCCGCCGACUCCGUCCUUCUCGUCUAUGGUGGUGGCGCCGGAGAAUCCUCUCAGCGGAGAGUCGGCGGCGGCCGGCUCCGUGCCAGGAUCGGCGGCGCUGGCGGCAUGCGCGGCCAUGGCCAUCUUCUACGUUGCGAUUCUCUACUCCCCGACUCUCAUCCUCCGUCUCCCUCCCCCGAGCUCCAUCGAUAGCUUCAUGAUCCGGAGGUUCGCCUGCGCCAUUGUUUCCUCCGCCGUCUCCGUGCUCGCCUCCGCCAUUCUCCUCGGACUAGGGAGAUUCCGUGACUUGUCAUCAGUUUUGGGUGUAUUUGGCAUUAGAAAAGACCACUUGUGCCAAGCUGUGGUCUUUCCUCUUUUCUUGACAUCUCUACUGUAUGCUGGGUCACUGGUAAAGAAGUCCUGGUCACUGAUGAUUACAUGCGGAGGAGUCAGGCCCAAUUCUUGCUGUGAAGUCCGUCCGUAUGGUUGUGAUAGAAGCUAUGCUCAAAGAUGCCUUAACUGGACAAGCAGUUGUGCUCGUAAUGUUAUGGUCUGGCGAAACUAUGUGGUGGCGCCAUUUACAGAAGAGAUGGUUUUCAGGGCAUGUAUGAUUCCUCUGCUUCUUUGUGGAGGAUUUAAAACUUAUACCAUCAUAUUUCUUAGCCCAGUUUUCUUCAGCUUAGCACACUUAAAUCAUUUCCUGGAGCUUUAUUUUCAACAGAAAUAUAGCUUUUUGAAAGCUUUCCUGAUUGUAGGUCUUCAGCUUGGCUAUACUGUGAUUUUUGGCUGGUAUGCAUCUUUUCUCUUCAUCCGAACAGGGAACCUGAUAUCUCCUAUCGUAGCUCAUAUAUUUUGUAAUAUGAUGGGGUUGCCUGUUUUGUCUUCUUCAAGGACUAAAGGAGUGGCAACUAUGGCAUUUGCAGCUGGCUUGGCAGGUUUCUGUUGGCUUUUAUUUCCUGCCACAAGUCCGGAUCUAUACAAUGAUCAGAGAGAUGGUUGUAGUUGUUGGCAGGGCUAUUGCAGCUGGAACUAACUGGAACUGCGCGGUAGAGUUGAAGAAUGACCUGAUGAGAAAGAUAUCACAACUUUUCAGCAUAAAGGGUGAAGAAAAGAUUUUCUGCUUGUGGCUUCGUUCCUGUCUUGUGUUUGCUCCAGCCUUUUAUCAGCCUGUAAUCAGAUGGAGAGCUGGUUCAAUUAUGAUUAGCAAAGCAGUUCAAAACAUUCACACUUUCUGAUUGAUGUGAGCAAAGCUCAAGGGGCAUCAAUGAGAGGGUUUUUUUUUUUCUUAAGGAGUUAUCCAGAGCUCGAACUUCUCUUUGUAAUUCAGCAAACAAUGCUUAGAAGUAAUUGAUGCAAUGUCUCUAAUCAAUAGCUGAGGCUUCAACAAAACAAGUAGAAUUCUUCGGAUGGAGAAAUCCCCAUGAAGUGUAUCAAAUGAUUGAUGCUGAGGUUUAGCAUUUGUGAUGGCCUUUGAUU